AUGGCCGCGGCUGGUAGCCGUAAAAAAUUUGCAAACAGCAACCUCAACACCCUCCUGGGAGUUCCCAAGGAAGCUGCCAAGGCAAAUUACGGCCCUGCGGUACGUUCCGGGGGCGUUGUCAAGCCAGUUGCCAAGCCCAAAGGAUUGGUUUCGCUUGGAAAGGCACCAGCAACUUCAUCAGUCAACGCGCGCAAGGGCGCUGCGUGGAAUCAGCUGGAAGAAGAAGCCAAAAAGCGAGCUGAGGAAGAGAGUGCAAAGAAGAAGGAUGAUACCAGACCAAAUUGGGCUGUCCUUGAUUUCCAAGACUUGGACAAGCCCUUGGCGAAGGAGGACGAGGAUGAUGAGGCUGGAAAACGUUGCUUGGUACAUGUGCCAUUUAGAUUUCGAUGA